AUGUCGUCCUCUGGAAUCCAUUCUCUUUUGAAGACUGAAAAGGAAGCCGCCACAAUCGUUAAUGAGGCAAGAAAAUACAGAACCAACCGUUUGAAAUUGGCCAAAGCCGAUGCCCAGACUGAAAUCGACGAAUACAAGAUUCAGAAGGAAAGCGAAUUGAAGAAGUAUGAACAGGAACAUGCUGGAUUGAACGACUUGAUUGACAAAGAAGCCGAUGUGCAAGUCCAGAGCGAAUUGGCCAGCAUCAAGGCCAAAUAUGCAGAAAAGAAGACUUCUGUAGUUAAGUUAUUGGUGGAUGCUACCAUUAAGCCUACUCCAGAAUUGCAUAUCAAUGCUGCCCAGGGUUAA